AUGAACAGAUUCCGAUUCAAAGAAGAAAACCCACUCCACAAGAGAAGAGAAGAGGUUCAAAAAAUCACGACCAAAUGGCCUGACAAAAUUCCAAUAAUUCUCGAAAAAGCAAAGAAUUCCCAAUUAGAAGACAUUCCAAAGAAUAAAUUUUUGUGUCCUUCUGAUUAUACGGUGCAGCAGUUUUUGGGCUGUAUCAGAAAAAAGAUUCAAAUGAGACGCGAAACUGCUUUAUUUGUCUUCAUUAACGGGAUAGAACUAGUCUCUGGUGACGCACCAAUGUCGCAGAUUUAUGAGCAGAAAAAAGAUGAAGAUGGAUUCUUGUAUAUGAUCUUCAGUGACCAGGACGUUAUGGGAUAG